GCAGUAGAAUCGAGUGAAGGGAUUUUCCUCUUUGGAAUCCGGUAGAAGCCCCAGGGUAGACAGCUGUUUGUGUGGCGCGCAAGUUUGUUGUCUCGAUGCGAAUGCGCGGACGUGGCGGGAGAGGUGUGAAGCCUGAAAAAAACGAUUCCAGGGGGUUGGAUUGCUUGAAGUUAAUGAAUAAAGACAUGUCAACUAGAGCAUCGCCUAUGCAGUCCAUUAAAUUAUCAAAUGAAUCGUAGGAAGUCAAAGAAGUCAAAGUGGUCCAAGGAAGAGGACGAACAGCUGAAAAAUGCUGUGGACGUUCAUGGGGAGAAGUGGGACCUAAUUCGGCAGCUGUUCCCGGACAAGAACGAGUACGACAUCCAGAGCAGGUGGAACCGUGUGGUCAACCCAGAACUAGUGAAGGGACCCUGGACUAAGGAGGAGGACGACCGGGUGGUAGAGUUGGUACACCAGUACGGCGCCAAGAAAUGGUCGGUGAUUGCCUCCCACCUCAAGGGUCGUAUCGGUAAGCAGUGCCGAGAGCGGUGGCACAACCACCUCAACCCCGACAUCAAAAAGUGCUCGUGGACGCCUCAAGAGGACGACGAAAUCCUCCGACUGCACGGCGUUUACGGCAACCAGUGGGCCAAGAUCGCCAAACACAUCCCCGGGAGGACUGACAACGCCAUCAAGAACCACUGGAACUCGACGGUGAAGAAACGCUGGGAGGAGACUGCCAAGCGUCGAGCCGAGGGAGCGGGCCGGUCGGCGCGCGCCGCCGCCGUGUACGAUCCGCCGCCGCCGACGCCCGGCUACCACGAGUCCACCGACACGGACUACUACUCGUCACCGUCUGUGGAGUACCAGUCGCCGCCAGAGGCCGGCUCAGACUUCCUGCCGCCGCCGCCGCCUCCGCCUCCGCAGCACCAGCCGGGGCACCACCACCACCAGCACCCGCACCAGCACCAACAGCACCAGCACCAGCAGCAGCACCAGCAGCAGCAUAUGGACUACUCGUCCGUCCCAGAGACGGACUUCCAAUACCAAACGACGGCGUGCGUGGGUUUCUCCGUUGCGGGCAGCGGCGCCUCGGCGCAGCAGCACCUCAGCGAUCCAUAUGGGAUCGACUCGCUGGUGUCCUCGCUGAACCGGGCCGGCGACGUUCUCAGCCAGCCAAUGCCGCCACCGCCGAGUGAUCGCUACCAGAAUGACUUCUCCCCGCCGAAUGAGCAGUACUUCUCCACCGAGCUGCCUGCCUGCAGUGGCAUGACCUACUCGCCCAUCAGUUUCCAGACUAUCGGCGACUACGACCCAUUGAGCGUAGAUCGCAAACCACCUCUGGGGGCCGACUUUACCGAAUAUCGGCUCGACACGCCGUCAAGUGAGCUGUCUGGUGAUCUGAGCUCGACGACUACUGGUCGUUUGUCAACUCCGCCGAUUCUGCGGAAACGGCGUCGCCAAACAAGCUCAUGCACCGGUGAUGAUCUUUCCGGCACACACACGGAAAUCCUGAACAACACCAGUCUGCUUCAAACGCCACCUUGUCCAGUUACGCCUCAGAAGAUUACUCCUCUGCCGUUCUCGCCUUCCCAAUUUUUGAAUGGCUCUCGAAACGGUUUCGACAUCGAGCUCGGUCUGUCGAGCCCGAUGCGCCUUGGCUCCCUGGCCCUGGAUGACGUCAAGUUCAUGACGUCAACGCCUCAGCAGGGCAAACAGACAAGGUCGGAGCUGGGCCGGCGGACGCCACCCCAGACCGCCACCCAGCUGAAGCCCAGGACGCCCGACACGCUGAAGAAGAUGCUCAAGGACAUGGAGAUUCACAACGGACCCAUCGGCUUUGCGUCUGACACGCCCACGCAGCUGGAGGACCUGAACGAAAUCAUCAACAAGGAGCGCCAGGAUCUGACGGGCACGCCCAACAGCAGCUCGACAGCGCGUGCCGUCGUGAGUGACGCAGCUGCCGCCGGGGCAGCGUCACUGCCGCCUCCGCCGCCGCUGCCCUCCCACCGGCAGACGGAGCUCGCCCCAAACGGUCCGACUAACGACAGCGGCUACGGCAGCGCCACCGUCAGCCGACUGCGUCUCGAGAAGGAGAACAUGUCCCCGAAACGGCGCGCCCGCCGCACCUUGGCGCACACCUGGUCCACUCCGGGCAACAUCAACGUGCCGGGCCUGACGGCGGCGACGGCCGCGCCGCUGCCGCCCGUCUGCCCCACCGUGCAGCCGGAGACGCCGAGCAAGUCGCUGACGGCGGACCACUCUGUGCUGUUCUCGCCGCCGUCGAUCCUCCCCGACAGUCUGCCGGCCAGCCCGCGCGCCGCCCGGCACGCCACUCACACCCCCGCUGCAGGCGGCGGUAAAGCCUCCCGCCGGGCGCCCUUUGCCCCACGCGGCGCGCCCCAGCGCAAGGCUGCCACUCCAGGCCAAAAGCCGGAGCUCAAAUGGGAGGUGGUGGCCUACGGCAAGACCACCGAACAGCGCGAGAUGGCCGAGAAGGCGCGUCAGACGCUGCGCCAGCUGCGGCCUCGCCAGCAGCCGCCGGUCGUGUGAGCUCCGCCGGCUGGUGGCGGCGCCGCGCCCACCAAUACUCAGCGUGUCGCCAGCGCGGCGGCGCCUGCCCGCACCCGCACACCCUCACACACGUGUACACUAACCAAAGAGAGUCGGCCGGCCGGCCGCGGGGCGCCCGUCGCCGCCGCAGCCGCCGGCCCAGGCGACACUGUUACACUAGUUCUUAAUUUAUUCUAAGGGUGGCCGAGCGGCAGGCUCGGCGGGGCGAACGCUGCGCUGGCAGCCCGGAGCGCGUGGAUAUGACCCGUGCUCGUGGCUUGGAACAGUGCGUGAUUGUCGGGGUGCGAGCGGUAGCUGGUUUGUGGCGCCGAUUUUAAGUGGAAAUGUGUGCAACUGCGGUAUAUUGUCUUAUCUUCUUUCGGCUACGGACUGGUCUGGAUGAUACGUAUCGGUCGGAGAAUGCGAUAGUCAAUGGAAAAUGAAAGGAAAUAUGUGACAAGUAUCGAUAAGGUUAUCCCCAAAAGAGCAUAUUGCGCAAGCUGACAAACUUCUUUGACGCUGUGUUGUAUGUGGUCUUUGAUUAAGCGCAGUCACUUGUAUUAACCUGGUUAUUUUCAUGUCACCAUUUCUUGUGCCUAAGGGCAGGCCGAGCGCGAACCAGUGAAUUGUGUUGCUUCAGAGAAUGAAUGUCGUUUCGUUGUGUGCUCAGACGGUAUGAACGUGUCUGGUCGAUUCUGAUACCGCUGCUCGGCGGAGUAACCUGUUGAUGCAUAAUGUACGGCGCUGUGGCCCACGGAACGGAUGGUGCCAACGACGGCCUUCCGCUGGAGAGUCGUCACUGCGCGUACUCCAUGUCCGCUAACUCGGCGUGGCUUCGCAGGAGGACCUGCACCGUGGCUGAACCGCAGGGAGGGCGCUGUGAGGUAAUGGGCCGCUGAUUCGGAGCGCCGAGCCACAUACGGGCGCUUCUCCCUCAGUUAGGGACCCGCGACGGGCCGGGUGGCACUUGAGCGUCAACGGCUCUCAGGCACUGUACCCUACUUAGAUCUGUGCGUGCGUGCGUGCGUUAUGCGUGGAUGCCAGCUCUGCUGCUAACAGCUCGGUCGCCGUAACUUCGGAGUGGAGUGUGCGCGUCAUGACGUGAUAUGUGUCGGCGGCGGCGCGGACGGCCGCGGGAGGCGUCAGGAGAGGAUAGCGGCACCGCGCGGCGAACUGUCUGCCCUCCCGGCGCGGCGGUCGGAGGUGGGGGGUCGGUCUCCAUAGUCACACCGUGCUCCGGCGGCCCCUGGCCCGGAGAAACGCUCUCAUCCUGCGCACUCUCACACACCGUGUAGAAUUUAUCCUUUGUUAACGCGCGCGCUGCUCUGGUUAAAACGCGCACCCUGCGCGCAUAGCUAGUCAUCGGUUUUGUCUGCGGUUCUCGCCGGAAUGUGUUGCGUCGCGCUGCGGAGGAUCGGGCGGGCAGGAGGGCGGGCGCCCGGCCGGUGGCCCGUACCAGGCAGCUGCUGGUGAGGGGGCGGGGCGGGUGGAAGGAGGGGGAGGGCAACUCUGCGGCACGGGGCUAGCGCCCGCUGCCGCCGCCUUGUAAUCAUGUUUGUGACUUUACUUAGAAAUUCUCCUUAGGUAUUUGUAACUCUGUAUUUUUAAUAAAGCUUUAAAAUGCU